GGGACCGAGGCGCCGGGACGAGGGGCGGCAUGGCCGGGCGGGGCUGCGGGGGCGGCUCGGACCCCCGCGGGGAACCCCACGGUGCUGGGUCCUGGUGGCCGUGGCGGCUGCUGCUGCUGGCCUGGCUCAGCCUGGGGGGCACGGCACAGGACCCAGCCCUGGGGACACCAGCGAGGGUCCCCGAGCCCCCAGCCCCUGCUCAGCCCCGGGGGACCUGGGGGUCCUGGGGACCCUGGAGCUCCUGCUCCAGCUCCUGCGGUGACGGCGUCGCCCUGCGCAGCCGGAGGUGCCGGCGCACCGGCGAGGAGCAGCCGUGCACGGGGGACCCGCGGCAGUACCGGCUCUGCCAGCUCCAGGGCUGCCCCGCCGGCUCCGUGCCCUUCCGGGCCAUGCAGUGCUCCCUCUACGACAACCGGCCCGUCCUGGGCACCUCCGCCCGCUACCGCUGGCUGCCCUUCCACGGAGCUCCCAACCUCUGCGACCUCAACUGCCUGGCCGAGGGGCACAACUUCUACUACAGCUUCGGGCGGGUGCUGGACGGGACCCGCUGCGGCCCCGGCUCCCCGGACCUGUGCGUGGGCGGGCGCUGCCUGAGCGUGGGCUGUGACGGGAUCCUGGGCUCGGGCUCACGCCCCGACGCCUGCGGCCACUGCGGCAGCGGCCACGGCUCGUGCGUGCUGGUGCACCGGCUGUUCCAGGGCUCGGACCCCUCCUCCGGAUAUUUGGGAUACGUGAAUGUGACCAAGAUCCCGGCCGGGGCCACCCACAUCAAGGUGACGGACAACAGCCGCAACUACCUGGCGCUGAUGGCGAGCGACGGGCGCUACGUCCUCAACGGGGACUGGGCCAUCGCCUGGCCGGGACCCUACGAGGCCGCCGGCACCGUCCUGACCUACAGCCGGGCCCCCGACGGCAGCGAGAGCCUGGAGGGGCCCGGACCCACCCACGAGGACCUGCACGUGCUGGUGCUGCUGCAGGAGCCCAACCCCGGCAUCGAGUACCGGUUCUGGCUGCCCCGCGGGCACCCGCAGCUCGGCCGCGGCGACACCAGCGCCCUGCGGCAGCCGCAGCCCCGCGGAGCCGGCAGCCCCCCGCCCCCGGAGCCCCCGCCCCGCCCGGCCCCGGCGCCGCCACCGCGGCCCGGGGGUUUUGCCACGGAGCCGCCGCCCAGGAGCACCCCCGGCCGGAGCCAGGACGGGGCUGCCGCAGCUGCGUCCUCGGGGGACCCCGAAGCUCAAAGUUGCGUGAGGGGGUUUGGGGGGGUCAGGGGUCCCCUCUGCCGCCCGAAUCGCUGCCGCUUUAUCCCCGCAGGGCGCUGCGGGCGGUGCCGCCCGCCCAAGGGGCGAUCCCAGCGCAUCCGGCACUUCUGCCACAGCGACUUCGCGUUCCACGGGCGGAUCCUGGCGCGGCGCGUGGUGGGGCAGGAGACUCGCUACGAGGUGGAGGUGAGGGCCCGGUACCGGCAGCGCUUCCCGCUGGUGUCCCGCGAGUACCUGUGGGUGCCCAACACCUGCGGGUGCCCCGCGCUGCGCGAGGGCGGCGAGUACCUGCUGAUGGCGCGGCGCCACGUGAACCACGAGCGCACCCUGAACCGCAUCCUGCUGCGGGACGACGGCUACGCCCGGCCCUGGACGCCCCGCGAGGCGCGGCUGGUGCGGGAGGCGGCCCGGCACUGCCCCCAGCCCCGGCCGCCCUGA